UCCCCACUAUGCGAACGCCUGGCUUUGGCGCCCAAGCUAUGCCCCACCAUGAUGCAGGUGCCAACCAUCACAGUGCACGUUUGAGACGCCAGGCACCUGCAAUUGCACCACACACCUGACAGAUGAAGACGCGUAAUCCUCCACCACACCGGUAGCGAACCUGGAGCCCGGAUCAUUCACAAGCCGACCCUCUCUUCACCGGCGCUGGUCCCUGCAUCCCCACACAUUCCACCAUGACCUCCCGCAAUGCGCCCAUGAGCGUGGCCGAAGUGGUCGCGCAGGCCGGCAACUACACAUACAAUGCGCACAUACCGCUGGCGAACUGGCUGCGCACAGCGAAUACUAUGCAGAAAGAAGCGCAAGUCUACGAAGCAGAGGGCAACGAUGCGCAGACAUACCUGCUCCUCUACAGACACGCCGACCUUGUCCUCCAACAUCUACAAUCCCAUCCAGACAAGAGCAAGCCCGAGAACCGAAAAGCGCUCAAUGCUGCGACUGCCGCCGUGCGCAGCGACCUGAAGAAGCUCGAGCAGAUUGCGCCGCGGAUAAAGAGGAGGCAUGAGGAGUAUCAGGAGAGACGAGGGCGGCAGUUGGAAGCUCUGAAGGCAUUGGAGGGCAAGCAUGCAAAGGCGCUAUCUCAGGAGCUUGACGGGCUCUCGAUACAGGACAGAGCUUCACAACGAACGUCUUAUGGCGAAAGGCCAGCACUGGACGCGCGGAACCUAGACAACCAUUCCUUGGCGGCGAGACUUGCACAGAGAGAAGUGCGGCGGCGAGACACGCAGCGCAGAAGUGUACGGCAGGCUGGAGUGUCGGAAGAGGAGGAGCAGGAGCGGAGGACGGGCGGCGUCUGGGGCACAUGGGACGACGAGUAUGCGCGACAGAGUCGGCCUGGGGAUGAUCUGUCAAGCCAGAUCCAGGAAGUUGCGCGCUUGCAGCGAGAUGGGCAGCGGACACCGUACUCUCAGCGCCCAACUUCGCAAUCUUCCACAUCGACGUACAACUACCCCUCCGUACCUCAUACAUCCGCGCAAGAUCGAUGGUCACAGUCCAGCCCGCAAGGUCCCUCAUUGCCCGCCCGCCCACCAAAAGAGCAAAUCUACAGAUCCUCAGGCGCGCCCUCACUCCCACCACCACUCCCUCCCAAACCCUCUACACCGUUACAGUCAAGUCCAUACAACCGCUCACAGCCCCCUCCCAUACCAGGCAAAUACACCUCCACCCCCAACGCCCCUCCAGUUCCCGGGAAACACGCCCCCGACCGCCCCCCUACGCUUCCUAACGAGCUCGACUCCUUCACAUUCGAGCCGUCUGCCUUCCUCGAAAACGGGGACGCGCUACGCCCUGUCUUCCUGCCCUCACAGUUACGCUCAAAGUUCCUUGCUAGCGCAAGCCACAACACGCGGCUCAACCUGGAGACGUGCGGCAUGCUGUGCGGGAUCCUGAAGAACAACGCUUUAUUCAUCACGCGCCUGAUUAUCCCCGAGCAGACGAGCACCAGCGAUACAUGCGAGACACUCAACGAGGAGGAACUAUUCGAUUACUGCGAUAAAGAAGAGUUGUUGGUGAUUGGCUGGAUCCAUACGCAUCCGACCCAGACAUGCUUUAUGAGUAGUCGCGAUUUGCACACGCAUGUUGGCUAUCAGGUCAUGAUGGCCGAGUCCAUAGCGAUUGUCUGUGCGCCGUCGAAACAGCCUAGUUGGGGCUGCUUCAGGUUGACGGAUCCGCCGGGCAAGCAGGCGAUUCUGAGCUGUAGUAAGCCCGGUAUCUUUCACCCACACGACGUUGACAACAUGUACACGGAGGCAAUGAAGCCGGGUCAUGUGGUCGAACUGCAGGACGCGCCCCUUGAGAUCGUGGAUAUGCGGCCGAAGAAGAGUUAUACUUGAAUACGGAACAGACGGGGAUGGAGAUUGCUGAGUGAUCGACAGAGUCGAUGUUCUCGAGGAUUGAACCUGCAUAGCGUUUGGCGUUUGGGUGCAUCAUCUAGAUGAGCGUCCUAUUGAGGUUUCAGAGCAUGGC